AACAAUUUUGCCUAUAUUAAAUUCUCUCAUUCUAACUUUACAUAAUGGACAACGUACAAAAUAAAACAGCACUAGUCACAGGAGCCGGAUCCGGCAUUGGCUACUGCAUUGCCGAGGAAUUAUUGCGUAAAGGUGCGAAGAAAGUUGCCAUUGACGAUUUGCCAAUAACACAUAGUUAUAAUGGAGUAGUUAGUCUGCAAGAACAAUUUGGAAAAGAACGCGUCAUUUUCUUUCCGGUUGAUAUAACGAACAUAGAAUUAUAUAAUGAAACCUUUAAGCAAGUUGUUAAUAUCCUUAAUGGACUUGAUAUACUUGUGAAUAAUGCCGGAAUAAUGAAAGAUGUUUGUAUCGAACAAACAUUUGCUGUUAAUGUUGUAGCACUAAUUCGUGGCUCACUUUUAGCCUUGGAUCACAUGGGCAAACAUAAAGGUGGCAAAGGAGGUACCAUAGUAAAUAUCGCAUCUAGAGCUGGCCUUGAAGCUUUCCCUACAGCUCCAGUGUACAGUACUUCUAAAUAUGCUGUUAUUGGAUUUAGCCUCAAUCUUGAGAAAUUUUAUGAUAAAACAAAGGUUCGUGUUCUAACGAUGUGUCCUAGUUUUACAACAACGGAAAUGUUUAAUUUGUAUGUUACAACAAACAAAUUUCUCGAUUUUGUCGACAUGGAGGUUAUAGAACAGUAUUCUCAUGAACCACAAAAAGUUACGCAUGUGGGACAAUCUGUAGUCGAGCUUAUUCAAAAAGGUGAAAACGGAUCAAUUUGGGUCGUUCAGCAUGAUAUGCCACCAUUUGCAAUUACAGUAAAAUCACAUGAUCUUACGAAACCCAUCGAACAAACCGACAUACAUGUAUGAAAAACUGAAAAUCAGAAGAUGAUUUUGCAUUCAUAAGAAAUAUUGCGUUUAGCAUUCCGACAUACAAAAAUAAUAUAAUUCUAUUAAAAUAAUGUCCUACUUGUAACGCAAUAAAGAAGAAAAAUCAAGAUUAUUUAUUUAUUUGAAGAUUAUUGUUUUGUUAACAUUGUUUUAGAGAAAUAUAUUUAAUUAUUUAAUGAUUAAGCUUACUUAUUUUUAAAUAUUACAAGAGAAAAGUAGAUACUACACACUAACACAAAAUAUUAACAUAAUAUAAAACAAUAUCAGAAGACAAAUAUAAAUGAAAACACAAAUGCAAGUACAAAUGUAAAAAUUGUAUAAAUGUAGAACUAUCCAAAGUCACAAGGCAUGGAUUUAAAUAAUAAAUAAUAAAAAAAUA